AUGCCUGAAUCAUACUAUCCAAGCCACUCUUUGGCUCGAGUAUCAACAAGAAGUUCCACUUCAUCUCGAGACACUCAAAGCUCCGACGAAAGUCAACAAACUCACAGAUCGAUUAAUCAAAUCUCAUCGAAACUGUCCUGGUCAAAGUCCAAAUCUCCUUCCCAUUUCGAUAUCCCUCUGAGCGAUUUGCGACAAUCCUCCGACACUUUUACAUCUCGCGACAUUCCAAGGAGUACUCCUUACUCGGAGAAGACUUCUUCAGAUAUGUCUCAUACCUUUCACCCUCAUUCACCUAAGCCAGAGCUCAUCAAACGUGAGCCAAGCUCAAUCCGCAAGAGUAACGAUGACUAUCGCCGUUACAGUGGGACUGUCAACCAUUACGGUCGGCAUUCAAAUGACUGGCUAUUUGGUGGCUUUAGUGUGCGUGAGGCUGUUCGCGAUGGCUUUGAGAAGUUAUAUCGCCAGGAUAAGGGAAGCUGA